UUUGAGCUCGUGAAUAAAAAUGAGGUGUCCAUGAAUGUUCAUGAGAAGAAGAGCAUGAGCAGCGAAGCAGGGCGAUAGGCCAAGUCGGACUCUUCGUAGUUGCAAUGGAUGAAUUAAUGCAACUAGAACAAGUACAGAGUAUGCUAGAUUUUAUGGGAUCUCGGGGCUUAGCGAAAUGCCCAACCAGCUCCGAUCACCCGUCAAAUCGCUUCCUCGCUAAUCUCAUGAUCUUCUUGAUACAACCUUGUGGAAAGCUUGACUUGGACGAGAAAUGCAGCUUGGUUUGUGAGUUUGUGCCUAGACUCUCAGCUACUCUUUUGGAGGAGGCGUCUCUUUGGCUUUGUCGAGGUGGUGCUAUGAAAGAAGAAAAUAGCGGUUGUCAACAAAAUCUAUUUGGAAAGUCCUUGCAGCUUAGUUGUGAUCAGAUGACAUAUGAUAAUCUGUUGCAAAAUGAUGAUAAAAACCUGGCCAUGGUUAGGCUGGAUUCUAUGCAAGAUGCUAAUUCCACUCUUGAGGAUUUUUGCAGAUCUUAUUUUAUGUUUCAUGGGUUGGAUGUCAGGAAGCCACAAUCCAUAUUCAAGUACUUACCAAUACUUUCAUUCACAGAGAGUUACAUUUAUCAGCUGGAUAGGAUGAAUGAGAAGCUAUUGCAAACACCAACCAAUGGGGAGUCUGUUUUUGGAGGAAUAUAUGACAAAGAUACGCAAUUGUUGAUUUCUUGCAUCUCGAAGAAUCCAUUUAGACCACUUAUGACUCUUCUUGAACUCAAAGGCCUUUCAACACACAGAAUAAGAGAAGAACUUAGACAAGGAGAAGAGUAUUGGGCUCUUGAAAGGAAGCUCUGUCAUGCACUGGUAAAUAAAGAGGAGAUACUAGUUGAAGAUGUGAUGAAGGCUAUUCAUCUAAAAUCUUUUGAUUAUCGAGUGAUGAAUCUUCUUCUGUACAAGCUGCGGGGUGAGAAGGUUGAGGAGUUGCAUAUGGAGUUUCUUUCAGUUUCAGAGUUCUUAGUGGAAGUUGCUGAUGAUUUGUAUGACUAUGAGGAUGAUGUGUUAGAGAACAAUUUUAAUGUGUUGCGCAUGUUUGUCAGAAUAUAUGGAGCUUCAACAGCCCCAGCUAUGCUGGCCAAGUGCAUCAGUGAAGCUGAAGACAAGUAUGACAGUUUACUAAAGUCGCUGGAUCCAUGUCUAUCAUUGAGCUAUCAGAAAAGAUGUGAAGAAGCUACUAAGGAAGGUGGAAUGAUAUCUGGUCACGCUCAUGGCACGUGGAAUAUACCAACAGUGAUAAUAGAUGAGGAACUGUAUAGAUCAAAGUGGAAGUCUAAUUCGUCUGGGUCUUGGCUGCCUCCUUGAUAGUAGAAUCUGAAAGAAAUCUCACGUUGUAAGUUAUUCUGAGCAUUUCUGAAUGGAAAAAUCUCACAAAUUUGUAGCAAGAAUCUGUUGACAGAAAAGUGCUACUUCAACUUAUGAACCCGUCAGCCCAGCUUUCUGUAUUUCUAAGUCUGCAUUGCAAGGCCUCGAUCAAUUUUCAAAAGUUCAAUUAUUUACUUAAUGAUAAGGGUAAACGAAUGAUAGUUCAUGAUAAUUCAAAAUCUUA